AUAAACAAACACCAUUUGACAUUUCUCCUAAAUAAAAUAACACAAUUGCCCCAAUUAAAUUUAAAGUCCCAAAUAAAAGAAAAACCACGAAAACACCAAAAAAAUGUUAAGAGUACGCAAUUAUUCCUAUGCUCCGCAUUUGGAGCGGGAGGGACGUUUAAUAUGUCCACUUCCAUCGCCGCCCAAUAUUGAUCCCAACCGUGAAUGGUAUGCCAAUUUAAAACCCUAUGAACGUCUAUUCUACCACCAAACACUGUCAUCGGUGCGGUGUAGUAAACGUUUUGUGGCCACAUCACAAAUCCCUAAGGAUUCGUUAGAUUUUCAAUUGCAAUCGCGUUAUGUGCACUCGCGAGAAAACUUUCCAGAAUCCGUGGAUUAUGUACUGCAAACAGAGACAUGCUGUCCAAUGCCGCAAACAUUUCGGGUGCUUCGAAAUACGCGAGAUGUAAAAGUGCCAACACCUGAUAAAAUGGGUCAUCCAUUGAAAAUUGGUGGCAUUAAGGAAAAACUUUCACCGCACAGUGUUAAAUUAAUUAACAGCGGUCCUCACACCCAGUUGGUGAACAAUGGAUAUUCUCGCCAACCAGCAGAUGGCAAUUUCUUCCGUUAUUAAAAGUAGUUUGAAACAUUUGAUUCGGCCAUCAAAAAUCUGGAUAUGAUUUUAUUUCAUACAACAUUUUAAAAUCGCUAUAAAAAAUAUAUACUUUUUUUAGAUUAUCAAGACUCUA